AUGCCAUCGGCGUGGGCAACGUUGAUUAGCGAUGUAGGCGGGCAAAAGACUGACAUGCAGGACGGCUAUCGGUUUGUCAUCGAUAGACGCUGGGCAGAGCUGAGCGGUACGAUCAAGACUAUGUUGUCCAUGGAUGCUGGCGGCUUCUCUGAAGCGGCAAGCGGCGAGUGUCAUUUGCAAAUUCGCGGCCAAAUACUCGAAAAGGUGGUGGAGUACUUGCAGUGGCAUGCGCGCAACGUAAACCGGACCGAGUUUAAUAUCAAAGAAUUUGAGCGCAAAAUACCGCCCGAGCUUGCCCUGGAACUCCUCAUGGCCGCGGACUUUCUGGAGGUGUAA